GAAAACAUGUUUUAUGCGGUCAUCUGGAUUUUCUUUGCCACCCUGGUGGCGGUGCUGUUGGGAGGAGUACGCAAGCCGAAGAGAUUUCCGCCAGGACCCCGAUGGUAUCCGAUUGUGGGUAGUGCCCUGCAGAUCUCCCAGCUAAGAUGUCGCCUGGGUAUGUUCUGCAAGGUGAUCGAUGUGCUGGCCAGUCGGUAUGUGAAUCCCUAUGGCUUCUUUGGCCUGAAGAUUGGCAAGGAUAAGGUGGUGAUUGCCUACACAAACGAUGCCAUCAGCGAGAUGAUGACCAAUGAGGAUAUUGAUGGCAGGCCCGAUGGCAUCUUCUAUCGCCUGCGGACCUUCAAUUCGCGUCUGGGCGUCCUCCUUACCGAUGGCGAGAUGUGGGUGGAGCAGCGUAGAUUCAUUUUGCGGCACUUGAAGAACUUUGGAUUUGCCAGAAGUGGCAUGACGGAUAUUGUCCACAAUGAGGCCACCUGCCUCCUGCAUGACCUCCGGGCGGUGGUGCGUCGUGAGGGUGGGCAUCAGGCCCGGAUCCAAAUGCACGAUCUGACCAGCGUCUACGUCCUGAACACCUUGUGGUGCAUGCUCAGUGGACAGCGCUACGACCCGGGUUCCGUGGAGAUAACUGAACUGUUGGAGACCUUCUUUGAGCUCUUCAAGAACAUCGACAUGGUGGGUGCGCUGUUCAGUCACUUUCCGCUCCUACGAUUUAUUGCUCCGGACUACUCCGGCUACAAUGGCUUCGUCGAGAGUCAUCGUGCGCUCUACUCUUUUAUGAGCAAGGAGAUCGAGCUGCAUCGUCGCACCUAUCGGAGCUUCGAUGAGCCCCGCGAUCUGAUGGACAGCUAUCUGCGUGCUCAGGAGGCGGGCAACGACGACAAGGGAAUGUUUUCGGACGAAAGCCUGCUGGCCAUCUGUUUGGACAUGUUCCUAGCUGGGUCGGAGACCACCAACAAGAGUCUCGGUUUCUGUUUCAUGCACUUGGUCCUGCGGCCGGAUAUACAAGAGCGUGCCUAUGCCGAGAUCAAGGAGGUGGUGGGUCUGGAGCGCAUACCAGAGUGGACCCGGGAUCGCUCGAAGAUGCCCUACUGCGAGGCCAUCACCCUGGAGGCAGUGCGGAUGUUCAUGCUCCAUACAUUUGGUAUUCCCCACCGUGCUGUCUGCGAUACACGACUGGCGGGCUAUGAGAUACCCAAAGACACGAUGGUCAUAGCCUGCUUCCGUGGAAUGCUCAUCAAUCCGGUGGACUUUCCCGAACCAGAGACUUUUAAUCCUGAGCGAUACCUGUUCGACGGUCAGCUGAAGCUUCCAGAGGCAUUCAAUCCUUUUGGUUUUGGCCGACAUCGUUGCAUGGGCGAUCUUCUGGGACGCCAGAAUCUGUUCAUGUUCACCACCACCGUUCUGCAACACUUUAAAUUGGUUUCCAUCCCAGGGCAAAUGCCGGAGGAGGUGCCACUGGAGGGUGCCACAGCUGCAGUGAAGCCAUAUGAGGUCAUGUUGGUGGCCAGGACCCCAGAACAGGAAUGCUGAUCAAUCAGCGUGGGGUUACAG